AUGUUCAGUAAUACUUCAGCAUCUUACUCAUUCACCACAACUACUGAAGUUUCAACAGUGAGAGAGCUGCUUGAGACUGUCUCUAAGUCAAAGCAUACUCCCUCCCCUUCCUCAUCAAUCAGAAAUGUAGCUGAUAUGCCAUUAAAGAACCAGCAUGCUGCAUUAGAACAUGGCAUAAACAUAAUCACCAAGAAUAUUAGCAAGUCAAUCACGAGCAGAAGCAGUAAAGCAUCAUUCAGCUUUCUCACAUGCUGGUAUUGGAAAAACUCGCCUCGCGAAAGAACUUUACUACUACCUCACAAAAAACUCGAAACUAUCAGAUCUCUGGAAGGGCAAAGAACUGCACUCCUUCCAGAUUUUGCUGGAUUUCAUUAUCAGGAUGAUCUUCUUGCAUUUCAUUCACUGCACAUAUUCUGUGAACUUCGAGUAUUCUUAUCGAUGGCAACAGGAAUGGAGUUUACACUGGAGGAUGAGAUUCACAAGAAUCAGGAUAAAUGGAAACAUCCAGACAAUUUGCCUGGGAUGCUCUUAAAACACAUUAUGAAAACUCUGGGGCCCUAUAUGGAUGGAACCUUUAUAGCUACAAGCCAUAUUUUUCUACCCUGCCUGCUCUUGUCUGGAGCAGCUCGGUUACAGAUCAUCAAUCAUUAUGCAGUGACAUUGGGAGGUGGAAACACUGCCUGGAGGAAAUCUGUAUAUUUCUUACAACUCUUAGCAGAUACUGGUGGAUUACCUCAGCUUUUGGAAUUUCUGCUAGAUAGGUGCCUUGGAAUAAAUUUUGAGGAUGCACCAUAUUUCUUUUCACAUAUUGGCACUCAGAACUUUGUCCAAGUCUUCCAGGAUCUUGUCAAUGCUGCUGAUGCUGCUUAUCAUAUCUGA